AUGGCCGAGCUGGUUACCAUUCGCGGCAGGCGCGUCGCGUCCACGUCAUCUCGUCCUGACCACCGCGCCGCCUUCACUGAAGCCGGGCUGGAGUCGCUUUUCUCUUCCUGCCCGCGGCUCGAUUCCCUGGAGCUGCACUGCCCGCCAAGUCUGACCGCUCUACCUCCGUCAUUCUGCGGGUUGACUCGCUUGACGGCGUUAAAAAUCACCGCUCGGGGACUGAAACGCCUUCCUGACGGAUUCCGUCAACUCUCCGCUCUCGUCAGUCUAUCAAUCCACUCAGAAGCCCUGGAGAAGCUUCCAGCCGGCUUCGCGACGGAUAUCGACGAGUCUGUAGAGACUUCUAUCCCACCAACUGAUUCGAUCAUCUCAGAUGCAAAUCCAGCAGAUGCCGCAUCGGAGAAUGCCGCUCGUCAGAGUAGUGGCACUCUGCCUCAGGAUAAUAAUUCUUCGCUAGUUACUUCGCCCGCCUCUCUCUCCCUCUCGAACACCCCCUCUCCCGCACUACCCCUCACCACGCUCUCCGCUCUCCGCUACCUCUCCCUCGACCGCUGCCGCGCUCUCUGCGCGCUCCCCGCAUCCCUCCCCGCCGCGCUCCCCCUUCUCGAAACCCUCGAGCUCCGCGAAUGCGCCUUGCUUUCCGCCGUCCCCGCCUGCCUCCCCGCGCGCCUCCCCCGUCUCCGCGCGCUCACUCUCGCCUAUCUCCCCUCCCUGCGCAUCCCCCUGCCCGCGCUCCUCUCCGCAUCCCCCCUGCCUGCUCCCGGCGCAGCGGAGGAAGCAGAAAACGGUCAUCCCGGGGCAGUUUCGGAAGGGGAGAACGGGGGAGCUUCUAUCGAGUCAGCUUGUAAGGAGGAUGCGGGGGAGAGCAGGGUGGGACUGGCCCGGCUGGAGCUACUCGGAUGGAAGCAGAUGCAGGAGUUACCCGCGGAAGCCCUCACCGCUCUCUCCGCCUCCCUCACUCACCUCACCAUUUCCAACUGCCCCGCCCUCUCCUCUCUCCCGGACGAGCUUUGCCAUCUGCCCCACCUCCGCUCCCUCACUCUCUCCUUCCUCCCACUCAUCACCUCCCUCCCUGCCUCCCUCCACCUGCUCUCCCACUCGCUGCACUAUCUAGACAUCACCUCGUGUGAUAUGCUGCAGAGUCUGCCCGCGUCUCUCACCGCCCUCUCCGCCCUGCGCUCCUUGAAUGUCUCCGCCUGCGGCGCCCUCGCCCGCCUGCCGUCCCCGCCUGCGGCGCUGCCGUCCGUUCGUGCUGCGCGGGGGGGAGCAGGUGCGGGGACUGGCAGCAGCAGCAACACCAGUACAACUAGCAGCAGCAGUGGUAGUGGUAGCGGUGUUGCUGCUGCUGGUAGCACCACCGCCAGCAGCAGCAGCAGCAGCAGCAGCAGCAGCAGCAGCAGCAGCAGCGGCAGCGGAGGGGUCCUUGACGCCAGCAGCACCACCUCCACCUCCCAGGCGCCCCUCCCCCUACUGCCAUCGCUCACCAGCCUGCGCGUCUCUCUCUGCGCGCGCCUCACCGCCCUCCCUCGCACCUGGAUGCACCUGCCGUCGCUGCAGGAGCUGGUCGUGGACGGUAACGGCCAAAUGGAGUCACUCUUUGACGGGGAUGACACUCGGUUGCGCACCAUCUGUGCGGCGGAAGGGGAAGGGGGAGGGGGAGCGGUUGCAGCGGCGGAGACUGCGCGGACUCCGCGGAGUGGCGGGGGGGGAGUGAGCAGGCGGGCGACGGAAACAAUCACCGCGAGUAAAGUUUCCGCCGAAGGGGAUACCGCGCGCGCAUUUGGCCCGCGGAGAAGCAGAGGCGGGGGGAGUGGGGGAGGCGGGAGCGGGGAAGGCGGAGAGGCGGAAGGCGGGGAAGAAAUCGGUGCAACCUCCCCCCUUUCCCCAUUAUUGCAAUUGACGAGUUUUUCUCCCUCCCCUCGCUCGCGCUCCCCCCCGCCCCCCCCCGGACGCGCGCUUGACUCUUCUCCCCCUCCCCCCUCCUCUCUCCCGUCCCCCCUUCCCCUCUUGCUUCGUCUCCCAUCUCCCAUUUUUUUUAUUCCCUCUCAUCAGCUCAUGCACCCAGCAAGCAGGAAUAUUCUGAAAAAUAAUAAAAAACAAGUUUUUUUUUUCCCCUCAUCUUCUCAUGCACCCACCAUAUUCUCAUCCUAUAUCCUGCGCCUCACCACGCGCCUCACCACGCGCCUCACCAAACUCCUCAUCCAGCCCAUUGGGGGGGAUUUGGAGGGUCAUCAUUUAACCCACCUGCUCUACCUGUGCCUCCACCUGGGUUAUGGAGGGUCAUCAAUCUCCCGUCUCCCCCCCUCCUUACCCCCUUCCAUGCCUCCCCCCUCCCUCCCACUUUCUUGCCCUUCAACCACCUUUCCCGCCCUCCCCUUACCCUUCCCUCCCUCCUCUCCCCUCCCCCGCCUCGCCCUUCCCAACCCCCUAUUCUCUAAUUACCUCCAGCUCCCUCUGCCCGAGUCCCCUUUCAUCAUCGACUGUGCACCCACCGAGCCAAUCAAUGGCUUGCCCAUCUCACCUGCUGUCUGUAUCCGUGACUCUAGUCCCCCCUCUCCCCCCCUUUUCCUCUCACUCCCUCCUCCAACCCCCCCAAUCGCCCCUCUUUCCCUCCACCUCCCAGUGACUGUGUUCUCCUUCAUCAUCACCUCUGCACCCACCGAGCCCAUCAGUGCCUUGCCCCAUCCCACCUGCGGUAUCCGUCACUCCCCUCCCUCCAUUCCCCCCUCCACCUCCCACCCAUCAGUGCCUUGCCCCAUCCCACCUGCUGUAUCCGUCACUCCCCUCCCUCCAUUCCCCCUUCCACCUCCCAGUGACUGUGUUCUCCUUCAUCAUCACCUCUGCACCCACCGAGCCCAUCAGUGCCUUGCCCCAUCCCACCUGCUGUAUCCGUCACUCCCCUCCCUCCAUUCCCCCCUCCACCUCCCAGUGACUGUGUUCUCCUUCAUCAUCACCUCUGCACCCACCGAGCCCAUCAGUGCCUUGCCCCAUCCCACCUGCUGUAUCCGUCACUCCCCUCCCUCCAUUCCCCCCUCCACCUCCCACCCAUCAGUGCCUUGCCCCAUCCCACCUGCUGUAUCCGUCACUCCCCUCCCUCCAUUCCCCCCUCCACCUCCCAGUGACUGUGUUCUCCUUCAUCAUCACCUCUGCACCCACCGAGCCCAUCAGUGCCUUGCCCCAUCCCACCUGCUGUAUCCGUCACUCCCCUCCCUCCAUUCCCCCCUCCACCUCCCAGUGACUGUGUUCUCCUUCAUCAUCACCUCUGCACCCACCGAGCCCAUCAGUGCCUUGCCCCAUCCCACCUGCUGUAUCCGUCACUCCCCUCCCUCCAUUCCCCCCUCCACCUCCCACCCAUCAGUGCCUUGCCCCAUCCCACCUGCUGUAUCCGUCACUCCCCUCCCUCCAUUCCCCCCUCCACCUCCCAGUGACUGUGUUCUCCUUCAUCAUCACCUCUGCACCCACCGAGCCCAUCAGUGCCUUGCCCCAUCCCACCUGCUGUAUCCGUCACUCCCCUCCCUCCAUUCCCCCCUCCACCUCCCAGUGACUGUGUUCUCCUUCAUCAUCACCUGUGCACCCACCGAGCCCAUCAGUGCCUUGCCCCAUCCCACCUGCUGUAUCCGUCACUCCCCUCCCUCCAUUCCCCCCUCCACCUCCCACCCAUCAGUGCCUUGCCCCAUCCCACCUGCUGUAUCCGUCACUCCCCUCCCUCCAUUCCCCCCUCCACCUCCCAGUGACUGUGUUCUCCUUCAUCAUCACCUGUGCACCCACCGAGCCCAUCAGUGCCUUGCCCCAUCCCACCUGCUGUAUCCGUCACUCCCCUCCCUCCAUUCCCCCCUCCACCUCCCAGUGACUGUGUUCUCCUUCAUCAUCACCUCUGCACCCACCGAGCCCAUCAGUGCCUUGCCCCAUCCCACCUGCUGUAUCCGUCACUCCCCUCCCUCCAUUCCCCCCUCCACCUCCCACCCAUCAGUGCCUUGCCCCAUCCCACCUGCUGUAUCCGUCACUCCCCUCCCUCCAUUCCCCCCUCCACCUCCCAGUGACUGUGUUCUCCUUCAUCAUCACCUCUGCACCCACCGAGCCCAUCAGUGCCUUGCCCCAUCCCACCUGCUGAAUCCGUCACUCCCCUCCCUCCAUUCCCCCCUCCACCUCCCAGUGACUGUGUUCUCCUUCAUCAUCACCUCUGCACCCACCGAGCCCAUCAGUGCCUUGCCCCAUCCCACCUGCUGUAUCCGUCACUCCCCUCCCUCCAUUCCCCCUCCACCUCCCAGUGACUGUGUUCUCCUUCAUCAUCACCUCUGCACCCACCGAGCCCAUCAGUGCCUUGCCCCAUCCCACCUGCUGAAUCCGUCACUCCCCUCCCUCCAUUCCCCCCUCCACCUCCCAGUGACUGUGUUCUCCUUCAUCAUCACCUCUGCACCUACCGAGCCCAUCAGUGCCUUGCCCCAUCCCACCUGCUGUAUCCGUCACUCCCCUCCCUCCAUUCCCCCCUCCACCUCCCACCCAUCAGUGCCUUGCCCCAUCCCACCUGCUGUAUCCGUCACUCCCCUCCCUCCAUUCCCCCCUCCACCUCCCAGUGACUGUGUUCUCCUUCAUCAUCACCUCUGCACCCACCGAGCCCAUCAGUGCCUUGCCCCAUCCCACCUGCUGUAUCCGUCACUCCCCUCCCUCCAUUCCCCCCUCCACCUCCCAGUGACUGUGUUCUCCUUCAUCAUCACCUCUGCACCCACCGAGCCCAUCAGUGCCUUGCCCCAUCCCACCUGCUGUAUCCGUCACUCCCCUCCCUCCAUUCCCCCCUCCACCUCCCACCCAUCAGUGCCUUGCCCCAUCCCACCUGCUGUAUCCGUCACUCCCCUCCCUCCAUUCCCCCCUCCACCUCCCAGUGACUGUGUUCUCCUUCAUCAUCACCUCUGCACCCACCGAGCCCAUCAGUGCCUUGCCCCAUCCCACCUGCUGUAUCCGUCACUCCCCUCCCUCCAUUCCCCCCUCCACCUCCCAGUGACUGUGUUCUCCUUCAUCAUCACCUCUGCACCCACCGAGCCCAUCAGUGCCUUGCCCCAUCCCACCUGCUGUAUCCGUCACUCCCCUCCCUCCAUUCCCCCCUCCACCUCCCACCCAUCAGUGCCUUGCCCCAUCCCACCUGCUGUAUCCGUCACUCCCCUCCCUCCAUUCCCCCCUCCACCUCCCAGUGACUGUGUUCUCCUUCAUCAUCACCUCUGCACCCACCGAGCCCAUCAGUGCCUUGCCCGAUCCCACCUGCUGUAUCCGUCACUCCCCUCCCUCCAUUCCCCCCUCCACCUCCCAGUGACUGUGUUCUCCUUCAUCAUCACCUCUGCACCCACCGAGCCCAUCAGUGCCUUGCCCCAUCCCACCUGCUGUAUCGGUCACUCCCCUCCCUCCAUUCCCCCCUCCACCUCCCACCCAUCAGUGCCUUGCCCCAUCCCACCUGCUGUAUCCGUCACUCCCCUCCCUCCAUUCCCCCCUCCACCUCCCAGUGACUGUGUUCUCCUUCAUCAUCACCUCUGCACCCACCGAGCCCAUCAGUGCCUUGCCCCAUCCCACCUGCUGUAUCCGUCACUCCCCUCCCUCCAUUCCCCCCUCCACCUCCCAGUGACUGUGUUCUCCUUCAUCAUCACCUCUGCACCCACCGAGCCCAUUAGUGCCUUGCCCCAUCCCACCUGCUGUAUCCGUCACUCCCCUCCCUCCAUUCCCCCCUCCACCUCCCAGUGA